GUAAAGUGGUGCUUGAGCAUAAUCAUCCUGUAAGCCCCAAAAAAAUAAGGUUUCAUAGGUGUUAUAAGAAUAUGAAUUAUGCUGCGAAAAAAAGGCUUGAUCUUAAUGAUAGGGCUGGAAUACGUUUGAAUAAGAAUUUUAACUCAUUGGUUGUUGAAAUGGGGGGGUUUGAGAAUGUUCCCUUUGAUGAGAGAGAUUGUCGGAAUUUUAUUAACAAGGCAAGAGAGCUUCGGCUUGGCAAAGGAGGUGGUCAGGCCCUUUGUGAUUAUUUCGUAAGAAUGCGAUAAUUGAAUGAUAGAUUCUAUUAUAUGAUAGACAUGGAUGAUGAUAGUAGGUUGCGAAAUGUGUUUUGGGCUGAUGCACGAAGUAGGGCAUUGUAUGAAUAUUUUGGGGAUGUCAUUACAUUUGACACCACAUACUUGACUAAUAGGUAUGAUAUGCCAUUUGCUCCCUUUGUAGGAGUCAAUCAUCAUGGUCAAUCUAUACUUUUUGGGGCAGGAUUAUUGUCAAACGAAGAUACAGAUACAUUUGUUUGGUUGUUUGAGGCAUGGUUGAAGUGCAUGAACUACAAAGCUCCAAGUGCAAUUAUAACAGAUCAGGAUAGGGCAAUGAAAAAUGCAAUUGAGAUAGUUUUCCCAAAAACACGACAUAGAUAUUGUCUAUGGCACAUUAUGAGAAAAGUCACCGAAAAGCUUUCAGGAUAUGAGCAUUAUGAUCAAAUUAAGAUGGCCCUAAAUAUAUGUGUGUAUGACUCUCCCAAUGUUGAUGAUUUUGAGGGAAAUUGGAAAAGUUUAAUUGAGAGUUAUGAGCUUCAAAAUAACCCAUGGUUGAAUACAUUAUAUUCUGAGCGGACUUUUUGGGUGCCGGCAUAUAUGAAAGAUACGUUUUGGGCGGGAAUGACUACAAGGCAGCGGAGUGAAAGCAUGAAUUCUUUCUUUGAUAAUUACGUGCAUGCACAAACGACUCUAAAGGAAUUUGUUGAUCAAUUUGAUAAUGCUUUGAAGAAAAUGGUUGAGAGGGAGGCACGUUCUGAUUUUGAUUGUUAUAAUCGCACGAGUCCUUGUGUAACAGACUUUGCUUUAGAGAAGCAGUUUCAAGAUGCUUACACAAAUGCAAAAUUCAAAGAAGUUCAAGCAGAAUUUAAGCCACGUUCGAAUGUUAAUAAUUGUCUUCUAAAAAGUGAAGGUGCAAUUUCUACGUAUCAAGUGAUUGAAACUGAUGGAAACCGCAUGAUGAACAAAACAUUUAGUGUUUUCUUCAACACCGAUGAAUUGGAAGUGAAGUGUACUUGUGCAUUAUUUGAAGUAAGAGGAAUCAUAUGCAGACAUUCCAUUUCUGUUCUACUUACGAGUGGGGUUACAAUGUUGCCACCUAGAUAUAUUCUUGAUAGAUGGAGGAAGGAUAUAAAUCGAAAACAUGUUUUGAUUAAGAGUAGUGGUGACGUGUUGGUUAAUAAAUCCAAUGCCCAGAGGUAUGACGAAUUUUGCAAGCAUUGUGAAGAAUUAGCAUUGCUCACAUCCAAGAAAGUGAAAUAUUUCAUGGAAGCGAUGAAAAGUGUUGAUAUGUUAACGGAGAAAUACCGUGCCUUAACGUUGGUUGAGCCCAAUCAAUGUGAUGAAGUCAUUCCAAUUUGUGAUGAGGUACUUUUAAGUAAUGAGGGCACUACGGUGCAAAGUGAGAAGGUGCUUACUCCUGUUAAGGCUACAAAGAAAGGGAGACCACGCUUCCUACGAAUGGUCCCAGUUAUAGAAAAAGUGACCAAAAAGUCACAAGGUAAGAAAUCCCAAAGACGAAAUAAGCAACAGGGCAAGAACACUGUCAACAAGCAAGGGAAAAAGAAGAAGGUACAUAACCUAUCUCAAGAUGACCUCAACACUUCUCAAACUUCAUUGCCUCAUACAACACAGGGUUCCAUCAAUGUGGCAGCAACAAUGGUUGAUCCAAAGUCUGAGUUGUCAGAAUUGAUUAGCCAACACAAAUAUGAAGAAGCCUUCGUCGCAGCCUUUCGAAGAUGUGAUGUGUCUAUUGUAUACUGGCUAUGCUCUCAGGUUGAUCUACAGCAUAUAUUGACGCAUCUAAACAUGAUGUAAGCAAAGAUGCUACAGGUUCCGAAUGCAACAAACGCAUCAAAUUUACGCAAAAACACACAUCAAUUUUAUUUUCUUGAACAUUGCUUCCAAGUGUAAUUCAAAACUGUAAUUUGACAUGUCAUUUGAUCCUCAUUGAGGCAUCAUUACGUAAAUUUGAUGGUUUUCCUCGUGAGAUAUCAAUGCGUAAAUUUGAUGUCCGAAGUGUAAUUCAAUAUU